UCUGAAAAUUCUCAAAAUUCUCUCAAUGGCGCCCCAACACUGAGCUCUCUCUCGCUCUCUGUGGAAUUUCUCUCCCGAUCUCGCAAUAUUUUCACGGAUAUAUCGUAAACAUGCGAAUUUCCCGUCCCGAAUCCCGACUCCCAAUUUCCGGUUUCCUUUUUCUCUUUUAUUCCUCGAACUGAUGAGUAGAGAGAGCGGCAGAUCCAGAUCGCAGAGGGUUUAUUAGAUAAGAUCAAGAAGGAAGUAGGAGAAACAGAAGAAGAAGAUGAGCGAGAACGAGCGGUGUCAGCUGGGAACUGUCGGAGCGCUAUCUCUUUCGGUCGUCUCCUCCGUCUCCAUCGUGAUCUGCAACAAGGCCCUCAUCAGCUCCCUCGGGUUCACUUUCGCCACGACUUUGACAAGCUGGCAUCUUCUGGUUACUUUCUGUUCUCUGCAUGUGGCAUUAUGGAUGAAACUAUUCGAACACAAGCCUUUUGAUCCAAGAGCUGUAAUGGGCUUUGGCAUCCUUAAUGGGAUCUCUAUUGGACUUCUAAAUCUUAGUUUGGGUUUCAACUCUGUUGGUUUCUAUCAGAUGACAAAGUUGGCAAUAAUUCCUUGUACUGUUCUUCUAGAGACCCUUUUCUUCAGGAAAAAAUUCAGUAGGAAUAUCCAGUUGUCACUUACCAUCCUUCUUCUAGGCGUUGGCAUUGCAACAGUGACAGAUCUGCAGCUCAAUGUCCUGGGUUCUGUUUUAUCUCUGCUGGCAGUUGUUACCACUUGUAUUGCUCAGAUUAUGACGAACACUAUCCAGAAAAGGUUUAAGGUCUCUUCAACCCAACUCUUGUAUCAAUCCUGCCCCUAUCAAGCAUUAACCCUGUUCAUCACCGGUCCUUUUCUUGAUGGGCUUUUGACAAAUCAAAAUGUUUUUGCUUUCAAAUAUACACCUCUAGUGCUGGUUUUCAUUGUGCUCUCUUGCUUGAUCUCUGUUUCUGUCAACUUCAGUACAUUUCUUGUAAUUGGAAAGACAUCACCUGUCACCUAUCAAGUCCUGGGGCAUCUGAAAACAUGCCUGGUUUUGGCUUUUGGAUAUGUUUUACUUCACGAUCCAUUUAGCUGGCGAAACAUUUUCGGCAUCCUUGUUGCCUUAGUUGGAAUGAUCCUUUAUUCAUACAUCUGCUCUCUUGAGAACCAGCAAAAGGCUAGUGAAGCAUCUGUGCCAUUGUCCCAGGAAGCUGAAGCCGAUCCUCUACUGAUGGUUGAAAAUGGAGCCGCUGUUGUUGCUGAUGGAGUAAUUGUCCCGAAAGCCCCAGGUUGGGCUGCAGACAAAGAUCUUCAUGCAUGAAACCUACUCAACUCUUAUCAAAUCACAGGUACCAAAGAAAAUCGGCAGAUAGAACCAUCCCGAAUCGUUCAAAAGUAAAACGCGCAGAUGGGCCGUGUCUACAAAUGUUUGCGGUCUGAUUCCUCAGGAUCUGAGUGACUUUAUAAAGCUAGAAUUCUGUGAGUUGAAAGAAAUGCAUUUGUUUUCAUUGGCAGUUUUGCUUCAAGCAAUUUAAAUCCGUGCUGUUCUUAUUAGGCCGAAAGAAAGAAAAGGAUGGUUUGUUAGGCUUCUUUAAUUCAUUCUUGAUAUAAGAUUAAUUCCUUUGUUGUUGGGAAACCAUUGAAGAUAUGGUUUUGUAUCUGUUAAAAGGGUAUAUGAAUAAUGGGUUUUGAGUAAUUCUAGUAGGGACAUUUGCCCUUUUCUGUGGAA